AUGUCGGGUUUGAUGCUGAACGUUUUGGAUGAAAUCAAAUAUCAUCAACUCUCCAAACAAAGCAAGGCUAUGAUUGCCAACAAACCAAUGAAACAAAAGGUAUUGUCAUGCUUCUCAUUCUGUCUUCGUAUUUCACGUGCUCGGAGUAUGGCUCUUAGAAUCCAACAAAUCAAUGGGGAUUUGGGGGUCAUUAACAAAAGGGCUGCCGAUCUUGGCCUCGUCGGGAGACUUGCUGCUGCUGUGCCCACUUUGCCUGAUGUUGCUCGUGAAACUGACUCGUUCUCUCUUGAUCCUAUUUUUAUUGGAAGAGAUGAGAUGAUGUCAGAAAUAGUUGAACAGCUUACUGCUUGUAUCACAACUGAUGAACCUAUUUCUAUCCUUGCCAUUGUGGGAAUGGGAGGAUUGGGAAAGACAACUUUGACUAGGGAAGUCUUCCAUUUUAUCAAAGAAAAGAAUCUGUUUGGAUCACAUAUUUGGGUGCAUGUUUCUCAAAAUUUUGAUCCACUCGUUCUUUUCAACAAAAUCCUCAAAGCAUUGACUUCUCCUGAGCAAGUCGAAAUCGGGGAUAAGGAAGGUGUUUUGAAAAAACUUGAUGGUGCUUUAAAAGAUAAAUCGCAUCUUCUUAUUCUUGAUGAUAUUUGGAAUGAAAGUGUUCUCACAUGGGAAGAAUUUUUUCAUCCCUUGUUGCGCGUUAGUUCUAUGAAGGGUAAUGCGAUUGUUGUUACCACCAGAAGUAUGGACGUCGCUUCAAUUAUGAAACCAUUUCAUACACAUGAGCUGCAAAUUUUAUCAAAUGAAGAUUGUUGGUCAAUUAUCAAAGAAAAAACUUUUGGAAAAGAGAAUGUUCCUUCAGAACUUGAGGCCUCUGGAACAAAGAUUGCAGAAAAAUGUAAAGGUUUGCCAUUAGCUGCCAGCGUAGUUGGUGGAGUACUACUGUGUGAUAAAUCUGAAGAAAAAUGGCACUCGAUCAAAGAGAAUUGGCUUUCACGAUAUGAAGGAAAUGAUAUCGCACAGAUAUUGAAGUUUAGUUUUGAUAAUUUGCCUCUGCCGUCACUCAAAAAGUGUUUUGCAUAUUGUUCGAUUUUUCCUAAAGGUUACAAAAUUAGAACACGGGAUCUGAUCGAGUAUUGGAUGGGCGAAGGAUUUCUUGAAGCUGAUAGAAGCAGUGACAUGGAAUCUAUGGGAGAAAAAUUUAUCUAUGUUCUUCUACGCAACUCUUUCCUGCAAAUUGCGGAAAGAGAUUUUUAUGGAAAUGUGAAAAGUUGUGUGAUGCAUGAUCUUCUGCAUGAUCUCGCAGAUUCUGUUUUAAGAGGUUCUUUUAAGGAAGAAGUAAUUACCCGAGUUCGAUACAUGUUUCUCGAAGAAGAUUCAAGUGCGGUUCUAAAAGAAAAUGCAAAAUAUUUACGCACAUUGCUGUCCAAUGGUAACUUCAAUGGUAACAUGGUCUCAAACUUGACUAUAGAGCAGUGUUCCAAUUUGAGAGAAAUACCAGAUGGUCUAGGCACCCUCAAUUCUUUGAAAGAGUUGUGCAUAAGUGAUUGCCCGAAUCUGAAACGGAUAGGAGAUCAUGGCGUACAACAAUCACAAGAAAGUCUCAAAUCCCUUACAACUUUGGAGAUCAGUGCAUGA